GGCGCUUUGAAAUUCAUACAUUUUUUCGCGAAUGGUGACACUUAGUAAACAUGGCGUUGGGAAGCUUCAACCCACUCAAAAACAGUUAAAGACUUCAAAACUGAGAUUGUGGCACUUGUUUAGUUAUUCUGAUUGGAAAGACAAGCUCUCUAUAAUAUGUGGAAUAUUUUUUGCCGCUGCUGGCGGUACAGGAUUUCCACUGAAUGUUUAUAUUUUCCGUGGCAUUAUCAACAACUUUGUUUCACCUGACUUUGAUGCUGAGAUGAUAUACUCUCAGGUCAAGUGGUUCGUCAUUUUGGGAGCCAUAAUAUUCAUAGUAACGUUUGCACACUCAGUCUUGUUUGGCAUUUCGUCUACGCGACAGUCACGAAGGAUUCGCUUAUUGUAUUUUAAGGUUUUCAUCAACGUAAUCGUUGGUAGCAUCUUUCUUGGAAACGCCCUCCCAGGUCUACAGUGCCUUCUAACAGCAGCUGCCUCGGCAACAGACAUAUUCGACACAAUUCAGUUGGUGCCCCGUAUCGAUAAGGACAGUCCUGGAGCCCUUCUACCGAACUUUAGGGGUAAUAUCGAGUUCAAGAACGUUAAUUUUGUCUAUCCAACAAGAUCAGAUGUAACUAUUUUGAACCAAUUUAAUCUAACCCUGAGAGAGGGUCAAACCGUGGCUUUAGUCGGGGCAAGCGGUUCUGGAAAAAGUACUAUUGUUCACUUGUUACAACGAUUUUACGAUCCCUCGGAUGGUCACAUCUAUAUAGAAGGAAAAGAAAUUCGUGAGCUAAAUUUGAAAGCGUAUCGACAGCAGCUUGGAUGUGUACAGCAAGAGCCAGUGCUAUUUGAAGGAACCGUGGCCGAUAACAUUCGUAUGGGCAAGUUGGAUGCAACUCAAUCCGAAAUCGAAGACGCUGCCAAAUUAGCCAACGCACAUGAUUUCAUUUUAGCACUGCCUCAGGCUUACAACACCGUUCUGGGUGAGCGAGGGAUCGGCAUGUCUGGAGGCCAGAAGCAACGGAUCGCUAUUGCCCGAGCGCUUAUACGCCAACCAAAACUUUUGCUCCUGGACGAGGCUACCUCGGCUUUGGAUACUCGGUCUGAGCGCGUGGUCCAGGCUGCGUUGGACCAGGCUUCUGCCGGACGAACUACCAUUGUGAUUGCACACCGGUUGACUACAGUGCGAAACGCUGACCUCAUUCUAGUGAUGGACAAGGGCAUUAUACGGGAGUCCGGCACUCACGACGAACUACUCGCAAUGGACGGUUUGUAUGCGACUAUGCUGCGUAACAUGAAAGAAAGUGAAGCUCUAGAUGAAGACGAAGAAACUGCAGUGGUGGAAGAACCAACAAAAGAAGCUACAAUCAACCAACAGUUACUACACGAUGUUGCCGUUAAUGAAAAAGGGGAGGUCGAUCGACUGUCGCAAAACACAGUAUCAUCAUCCCGACUUUCUAACGUUUCCGUCAGAAUCACUCGUGCUGUUACGUCGAAGUACGGCAAGAUUGCCCAAUCCCCCGUUCUUCGUGUGCUUCGGAUGAAUCGCCCCGAGGCCGUGUACAUCUCUUUAGGUUGCGUGUGUAGCGCAAUUGCUGGAGCGGCUAAUCCUGCCUUUGCCCUGUUGUAUUCGGAAAUUUUUGUCAUUUUCACCCUAGUGUCCGAACCGGACUACAUGAGGGCAAGAGUCAGCCUUGUCACUGGAAUGAUGGCAUUCAUCGGUGGAUGUCGAUUCAUCGGAAUGUUGGGCCAAGGAUUUUUCUUCGGUGUGUCCGGUGAGCGCUUGACCCGUCGCCUGAGGUGCCUACUUUUCCAUUCUAUGUUAAAACAGGAAAUUGGAUGGUUCGACCAGCCGGAAAAUCAGCCUGGCGCUUUGACCUCCAGACUGGCAACCGAAGCGUCAAAACUCAAAGCACUCUCUGGAGCGCAGCUCGGAUUCAUUUUAGAGUCAUCAGUACUCAUCAUCAUGUCCCUGAUCAUCGCAUUUUUCUACAGUUGGCAACUCACGUUACUCAUGUUGGUUUUCCUCCCUCUGUUCAUCCUGAGCGGUAUGUUGCAGGUGAAGCGAAUGAGCGGAGAAAAGGAUGGCGGUGUAGACAACAAAGCAAUGCGCAUUGCACAAGAGGCGAUUAGCACAGACCGAACUGUGUUCACUUUGACGCUGGAGGAUCACUACUAUGACCGUUUUCGGGCAGCACUUAAUGAUUCAAUGAAAACUGGGCUGAAGCGAAACUUGACCUAUGCGGUGUUAUACGGUUUGACGCAAUCCGUCAUUAUGUUUUGCUUCGCAGCCGCUUUCUCACUCGGAGCGUAUUUGGUGAGCAUCGGGCAAUUGCAAAUGGUUGCUGUGUUUAGAGUCUUCGCAGUGUUAAAUAUGGGCGCUCAGUCCUUGGGUAGAAGUGCAUCAAUUGGGCCAGAAUUAUCGCGGGCCGUUUCCAUAGCUGGAACUGUUUUGGCUACUCUGGAUCGCAUUCCGCAGAUUUUACCAAACGUAGGCAAAGAGCCAACCACACCGUUUAGCGGGAAAAUUGAAUUUAGACAGAUUUACUUCAAGUACCCAACGAGGAGGGGUGUGCGCGUGCUCAGGAAUUUUUCACAUGAGGUGUUCCCAGGUCAGACAGUGGCACUGGUUGGUCAGUCCGGAUGUGGGAAAUCAACUUUACUGCAACUGGUUCAGCGAUUCUACGAUCCAUCAGAUUAUGGGCUGAAUAGUGGAGUGUUUUUCGACGGCUACAAUCUGCGCGACUUGUCACCUGCGUGGGUGCGACGCCAAAUUGGAAUAGUCUCACAGGAACCAAAUUUGUUCGAUCUGAGCAUCAAGGAAAACAUUGCGUACGGUGACAACUCGUGUGAACCGUCAAUGGAGCGAAUUGUAGAGGCUGCGCGACUCGCCAACAUACAUGACUUUAUAUGCUCGUUACCCCAGGGCUACGACACCCCAGCCGGUCAGAGAGGAGCGAAACUCUCCGGAGGUCAAAAACAGCGGGUGGCGAUUGCACGUGCUAUGAUCAGAAAACCGCCACUGCUGCUGUUGGAUGAGGCGACGUCUGCGCUGGACAACGAGAGUGAACGUGUGGUUCAGAGGGCUUUGGACGCUGCGGUUGGAUCAAGAACCUCGUUGGUGGUUGCACAUCGUCUGAAUACUGUGGAGAGUGCAGACAUGGUUGUUGUGCUAGAAAAUGGUCGAAAGAUUGAAUUUGGCCCACCCCAAAUUCUUUUGGAGUCCAAAGGAGCAUUUUACCGGUUGCAUCAUACAGAGCAAGCACAAGAUUCUUGAGUCGUAUGAAUACGCCAAUCAUGCAACCUGUAAAGCCGAAACAGACAAACUUACCUUUUCUCAGCUUUUCUCUACUUACCACAAAGCUUUAUCAUGCCAUACUUUCAUUCCUCCUCUGUUUACUUCUGAAUAGAUCAUUCUUUGG